AUGACUGAUGUCAAACAAGAAGUCAAACAAGAGGUUGUUGAAAACACUAAUGGUGCUGAAAAUGGAGCAGCAGAGACUCCUGCCCCUGCGAACAAUUUCGAAGAAAAUGAAGACUAUAAGAAGCUCAUCUCGCUCAAAGUGAAGCCUCCAGUGGCUGAAGCUAUAGUUGAAAUAUAUCAAUCCGGAUUACUUUCCCCUGAAGAUUUCGAUGAGCGUGCGAUUGAGAUGAUUAAUUCCAUUACUGUCGAUCAGGCGAAAUACAUCUUCAAAGAAAUAGCGGCAUCAAAAUUGUUUGGUGUAUCGACUAAAUCGCUUUAUGUCACCUCAUUGAUCAGGUCCUUCAAAGAUCGUGUCCGACAGCAAGGUGCGGCAGCUGUGUUGUCUGGAAAACUCAUUCAUGGACCAGAUCAAGCCUCUCUAGAGGCAAUUUUGGCUAGAACUGGAUAUCCUAUUGAAGUUACCAUCGGUCAGCGUAAAUAUGGUGGACCACCGCCUGACUGGGAUGGACCGGCGACAGGACCAUCAGGACAGGGACAUGAGAUAUAUGUUGGACAUAUUCCGACAGAAUUAUUCGAGGACACACUUAUUCCACUCUUUGAACAAGUGGGAAAGAUCUGGGAUCUCCGUCUUAUGAUGGAUCCGGUAACCGGAAUGAGCCGUGGUUACGCGUUCAUCACAUUUUGUGAAAAGAACGACGCCGCUGAAGCGGCGAAGAAAUAUGACGGUCACGAUAUUUUGCCCGGAAAAUCAAUCAAAGUGAAUGUCUCUGUCGCUAACACUCGCCUAUUCAUUGGAAAUAUUCCGAAGACGAAAUCUAAAGAUGAAAUUCUCGAAGAGCUCAAAUCUCAUGCAGAUGGCGUUACUGACGUGAUUAUUUAUUCGGUGCCCGACAAUGACAAAAUCAAAAACAGAGGAUUCUGCUUUGUCGACUUCAUCGACCACAAGACAGCAUCUGAUGUUAAGAGAAAGAUCUCUCAAAUGAAGAUUCGUCCAUUUAAUGUAGAGGUAUACGUUGACUGGGCUGAACAGCAGGAAGAGCCUGAUGACGAAACUAUGUCGAAAGUGAAGGUCUUAUAUAUUCGCAACAUAAAGGAAGCCGUAACCGAAGAGAAACUUACGGAAAUUUUCAAAGAAUUUGGAGAAUUGGAGCGCGUAAAAAAGGUUAAAGAUUACGCUUUCAUUCACUUUAAUGAGCGUGAAGACUGUCUAAAGGCGAUGGAAGCUUGGAAUGGAAAAGAAUUAGAAGGAACUGUCGUUGAAGCUUCUCUGGCCAAGCCUCCACAAGAUAAAAAGAAAAAGCCGAUGAUCAGGGGCCGAGGAUACCAGCAUGGUGGUCCUGGAAUGUACGGCGGACCCCGAGGAGGAGCUAUGCGCGGAGGUGGUGGCGGCCCAGGUUAUCAUCCGAAUCCAUAUGAGAUGGGAAUGGGCUGGGGUGGUGGCUAUGGUGGUCCAGACAUGUAUGGAGCUUAUGGAGGAGGAUUUGGUGGUGCCUACGGUGAUUAUGGCUUUGGUUUUGGAUUCCGCGGAGCUCGCGGUGCCCCAAGAGGAAUGAGGGGCUUUCCACGCGGGUUCGGCAACAACAGGCGAGGUCGCGGAAAGCGACCGGGGGAUGGGAGAGGUGGUCCAGCAUCGAAGAGGGAUAACGGAAAACAAGACUUUUCAGCUGAUGUAAACAUGAGCACUUUUUAA